CACUUUACAAAACUUACAUAAGGCCCAUCAUGACUUACGCGAGUGUGGUGUUCGCUCACUCGGCCCGCACGCACAUAGACACCCUCCAAUCCCUACAGCCCGCUGAGUUUCUCGCCGGAUCUUCUCAGCGGGUCGCGAUUCCGAUCCGGUAGUAGAUUCAUUCGCGAAGCAGUUGCUCUUGAGUUGUUAGGUCUCCUUCGGAGGCGCUCGGGCAGCUGCUAGCAAAUCCCACCCCUCCUGGCUGAGCGUAAUAAUAAUGUUUGCCUUGUUUAUUUGUUAGUAAAUAAUUCAAGGCAUACCUUGAAGGGAUUUACCAAAAUAAAACAACAGUGGGUUCAGAUUAGUUCGAAACAUAACCAGAAUCUGUUUUUGUCUGUAAUUACGGAAUAAAAGUUCCAAGGACACUCGGCCGAUGGAACUUUCGAGGCGAAGAGGGAAGGCCAACAGCGAAGACCCUGAAACGUCAGCCGUCUCGGUACGGCAGCCAGUCAUGCCACGGGGAUAGCGAAGUUGGUGUCCCGGAGUUCCCCACUGGAUAGUUAUUUAGACCUGACUAAAACCUAAACAAUUUUUUUUUGUUUCUUUUGUCUAUUUGUUGUUUAUUCGUUUAUUUGCUUUAUUCGAUCCGAUUUGCGAAAAGUCUCAAAUAACUCCAUUGGCUGGUAGAGGUUCUCUAUGAAAUAUAAUUAACUCGUGGCGACUAAAAAGGAUAUUACCACAUCUACGUAAAAAGACUUAAACAUACUUGGAGGAAGUCGAAAAGACAGAUGAUCCACUGAGUUUCUCGCCAGAUCUUCUCAGCGGGUUGCGUUUCCGAUCCAGUGGUAGAUCCUGCGAAGCACUGCUAGUACUAGUGUUAGCAACGUCCUCAGGAUAGAGACCAGUGAACACAUGGAUUCGCUCGGUUACGUUGGCAUAAGCCUCUAGGUUACCAGAUUAGGUAGGGAAAAAAUACCCACAAUACAUUCCGGCUCGAACAGUCGAACGAGGCGGAGUUUUCUGUUGGUGUACACUUGAAAUUCAAUAAAUGGAAUCUUAUUUACUGUCACUAUCAAAGUCAAUGUUGGAAAUGGGGAAGGGUAAUACUUUUUAAAUAUCAAUAUAAGCCUCUGAUCUUAUUCUGAUCAUCGGUUCUACUAUAGCUUACAAAUUCAUACGAUCUCGCCACGAAGCGAACUCUAGUGAAGUUAUUUUUAAACUGAGAAUUAUAGCAAAACCAAAGCAAGCGAGCAAUCACUUUUCUAUUUUGAACAAACAGAGUUUCUACUUACAAUUUAUCUCGAAAUCGGUAGCAAAGUGAACUUCGUGCUCAAGUUUUGGCUUUUAAAAUAUUUGUUCGCUCCAGCAGAGGCGAACGUCAACCAACAAUGACACUACCGCAGACUUAUCAGGUGACUGUAUGAUAAUAGUAUUUUAAAUGAGUUGUAAUAAAAUUUUCCAAAACAAUAUUAUAAAGUCGAAUACUAAUUAAGUCCAAGCUCUGUGUUUACAUAGGUAAAACUUAAUGAGGAUUAAAUUUAUUAUUCUCUAAUAGUUAAUGUUUGAAUUUUUUUUAUUGCUCUUGUAGCUGCUGCAGCUUGACUCUGCUCCUGGCAUUGCUGACGUCCGUGUGCGAUGGUAACCAAUCACAAUCAGGUGGACCGUAUACUCGUCUGCCUACAUGAGUAAUAAAAAAAAACAGUAAGAAGCUGAAAAAAAAUAUUUAAAAAAUAGUGCAGUGCCGGUGCCAAAAACGUUUGUGAAUAUUGUUUUAAUCAAUCGGCAUAGAAAAUUCUCGAAUAUGUAAAUUCAAAUGUGCAACAAAGUGCUUCAGAGUGAGUCAAACAACUUAUCUUUUUUCCCAGUGCCAAAAGCAUCAAUCGUUUAAAAAUACAACUAGCACUUGAUCUUGUGUCUCAAAGUCAACGGUUUAGUAACCAUUUAACACCAGUGUGCUUAGUGCGAGUUUGUUAACUUCUCGUUCGCGUAAAAGUUAGCCCAAAUUUGUAUGAAGUUGGAAAAGCGCCCCUAGCAGCAAACGCAGCACUUCCUUUUUUCCAGUUCAAGUACGUUCAGCCGUUACGCAAUAAAUAUUAAUAAUCAAAUUUUAAUUAAUAACAAUCAUUAAUAAUUAGUUUUCGGAACAAACGUUAUCGUUCCCAGAUAAUUUUAAUGCCUGAUAUAGCACAAAUUACUGUUUUAGAUGUAUAAAUAGUUAAGUUAAAAAAGUAAAGACCAUUAUAAGAGAAAAUGCGUCAGUCUAUAACGUUGGUGUUUUUAAUUCUUGGUUGGGCGAAUGCUGUACCAACCAAUCAGCAGCGAAUUACUGGCGGCUCGGUUGUGACCAUCGACCGGUAUCCCGAACUUGCUGCCACGCUAAUUACCAGUGACGGCGUCCAGUGGGUUCAAGGAUGCGGCAGUUCUAUCCUCAACAACAGAGCUGUCCUAACUGCAGCUCAUUGUUUAUUCGGUGUGAUGCGUGUUAGAGUUGGUUCAUCAUUCGGCAACAGUGGCGGCAGGGUCCAUCAAGUGAGCCGAUACAUUACGCACCCUAAUUACGUGGCUGUGACCUUCGAGAGUGAUCUUGCCAUCUUACAUGUUUCAACUCAAAUCGCUUACGUCAACAACGCCGUGAGACCAGCCAGGAUUGCUGGCCCCAAUUACAAUGUUGCAGACAACCAGGUCGUAUGGGCCACUGGAUGGGGAUCCAUGUGGCUCGGUAGUGGUCAUUCAGAACAACUUCGUCACGUCCAACUUUAUACUGUAAACCAGAACCUGUGCAGAACUCGUCACACUAGCGUCCCUAUCACUGCCAACAUGUUGUGUGUUGGUAGACUCGGAGUUGGUGGAUUCGGACAGUGCGGUGGUGACUCCGGUAGUCCGCUGUUCCACAACGGGGUUGUGGUUGGUGUAUGUUCCUUCGGUGUAGGAUGUGGCCACGACCAUUUCCCCACCGUCAAUGUUCGUGUUUCACGUUUCACAUCGUGGAUUCAGAAUAACGCAUGAAUGUAGUUUUAUUAUCAUUAUCAUUAUAUAUAUUUUUUACUUUGCAAGUUAAGACCAUAUUUUUUUAAUAAAGUAAAAAAAAAUUUUAAUAUUUUUAUGCGUUCUUUUUAAUAGUUUCAUUUUCUUUAGACAAAUCAUUAUAUUCAGAAUUUUUAGAGAAUAUUUACAACCAAAAUGACCCCAGCUACAGAACACAAUCAGUAUAUCUAUAUAAAUAAAUAAAUAAAUAAGCACUAUAAAUCUAUAUAAUAAAAUGACUGUCAGUGAUUUUAAUUAAAUUUAAUAUUUUUAAUUAAAUUAAAUUUAUUUAAUUAAA